AUGCCGCUUGACGUUGGGGCUAGAAACAGCCACCAGGCAUCUGAGUCCACGGGUCUCUCCAGGCGAGCUUCUAAUUUGCUUUGCGAUCCCGAUUGCCAAGGGUACGUCACCAUGGUGGCCAAGGAGACCCCUUGGCAGGUAUCUCCGCCAUGGGUUGCCUUGCCACCAGACUGGACGCUCUUUCGCUGCACGGCGGAACUGUGGGGUAGGCGGAGGUCGUAUCGGGCAGAUUUGAAUCUGGACAUAGGGCGAGGAUUCUUUAGCGAACUGUGGGCGGACGCUUGGCGGGUUCACGCUGAUUCGGCGCUGGCCCUGUUGGAAUCAACUCCAACGACGGAAUCCUGCUCCCAAGAGGAACAUAUGGAACUUAUUUGUGGGUAUGAGGGAGGCAAGGCACCUUUUCUCCGGAACAAAGGCUACCUGGAUGGAAGUCUACAUUAUUUAAGAGAAUGA